AGUUUAGCCAGUCCCUCCUCCUCGUUCCUGGACUCUCGGGAUCCGCUAUUCCUAUUGGCUAUAGGCCCCAUCGGUCAAUAGCAUGCGGGCGGUGAUUGGCAAAGGGGUGGGCUCCGCUUCCCGGCGGGGUCCUGCGGAGUUGGCUGAGGCUCCUGAGGGGACUAGGGGACCAAUCUGCGUAGGAGCGGGUGGUGGGGAAGAGAACUCUAAGUGGAAAGCUGAGCCUGGGGCCUGGGACCCGUCGCGUCAGAGCCAGGCAAGUGAACCGGAGCAAACGACUUCCGAUCCAGUCCGUGCUGCUGCGGCUCCCGUUUGGGAUUUGAUUUGCGGCAUCUUGGAGCCAGUGCAACAAAAAACCGCGAAGCACGCCCAACCCUCCCCCGGCACCCCGAUAGGCACCCACUCCCUCCCGAGGACACAGCUGGGCGCGUCCACACCCCCGCACCCUCCACACCAUGUUGUGCGGAAGGACUUGCACUCCCAGCUUGUGUCGUUGAUGUCAGACCCCAGGCCAGCCUCCUGGCCCUGCAGUUCUCCCGGCUAAUGCUGAGCCUGCUGCUCCGGCUCUAGCACAGGAACCAGCUGCCGCGCCCGGCCCCAGCACCCACCGGCUGCAUGUGCCCGCCGUAGCCGCCUGCCCAGCCCGCAGCCCGCGCUCCCUGGAGCGCUGGAGACCACCGCGGGAGCCCCUUCUGCCCUGGGGAGAAGCGGUCUUGGAGGUAUUGAUUUCGGUGGUUGGAUUUUUCUCGUGGAUCUAUCAAUUAACAAUUCGAAUUUGGAAGAAAGAAGGAAAACAUGACGUCUCCAGCCAAAUUCAAAAAGGAUAAGGAGAUCAUAGCAGAGUACGAUACUCAGGUCAAAGAGAUCCGCGCUCAGCUCACAGAGCAGAUGAAAUGCCUGGACCAGCAGUGUGAGCUCCGGGUGCAGCUGUUGCAGGACCUCCAGGACUUCUUCCGAAAGAAGGCUGAGAUUGAGAUGGACUACUCCCGCAACUUGGAGAAGCUGGCAGAGCGCUUCCUGGCCAAGACGCGCAGCACCAAGGACCAGCAAUUCAAGAAGGAUCAGAAUGUUCUCUCUCCAGUCAACUGCUGGAAUCUCCUCUUAAACCAGGUGAAGCGGGAGAGCAGGGACCAUACCACACUGAGUGACAUCUACCUGAAUAAUAUCAUUCCUCGAUUUGUUCAAGUCAGCGAGGACUCAGGAAGACUCUUUAAAAAGAGUAAAGAAGUCGGCCAGCAGCUCCAAGAUGAUUUGAUGAAGGUCCUGAAUGAGCUCUACUCGGUCAUGAAGACAUAUCACAUGUACAAUGCCGACAGCAUCAGUGCUCAGAGCAAGCUGAAAGAGGCAGAGAAGCAGGAGGAGAAGCAAAUUGGCAAAUCAGUAAAGCAGGAGGACCGGCAGACCCCACGCUCCCCCGACUCUUCAUCCAACAUUCGCAUUGAGGAGAAGCAUGUCCGGAGGAGCUCAGUGAAGAAGAUUGAGAAGAUGAAAGAGAAGCGCCAAGCCAAGUACACGGAGAAUAAGCUGAAGGCCAUUAAAGCCCGGAAUGAGUACCUACUGGCUUUGGAGGCAACCAACGCAUCAGUCUUCAAGUACUACAUCCACGACCUGUCUGACCUUAUUGAUUGUUGUGACUUGGGCUACCACGCUAGCCUGAACCGGGCGCUGCGCACCUUCCUCUCUGCCGAGUUGAAUCUGGAGCAAUCAAAGCACGAGGGUCUGGACGCCAUCGAGAACGCUGUGGAAAACCUGGAUGCCACCAGUGACAAGCAGCGCCUCAUGGAGAUGUACAACAAUGUCUUCUGCCCACCUAUGAAGUUUGAAUUCCAGCCCCACAUGGGGGACAUGGCUUCCCAGCUCUGUGCCCAGCAGCCUGUCCAGAGUGAGCUGGUACAGAGAUGCCAACAACUGCAGUCUCGCUUAUCCACUCUGAAGAUUGAGAAUGAAGAGGUAAAGAAGACAAUGGAAGCCACUCUACAGACCAUCCAGGACAUUGUGACCGUCGAGGAUUUUGACGUGUCGGACUGCUUCCAGUACAGCAACUCUAUGGAGUCCGUCAAGUCCACCGUCUCAGAAACCUUCAUGAGCAAGCCCAGCAUUGCCAAGAGGAGAGCCAACCAGCAAGAGACAGAGCAGUUCUAUUUCACGAAAAUGAAGGAGUAUCUGGAGGGCAGGAACCUCAUCACCAAGCUACAAGCCAAGCAUGACCUUCUCCAGAAAACCCUGGGAGAAAGUCAGCGGACAGAUUGCAGUCUGGCCAGGCGUAGCUCAACUGUGAGGAAGCAGGAUUCCAGCCAGGCAAUUCCUCUGGUGGUAGAAAGCUGUAUCCGGUUUAUCAGCAGACACGGACUGCAGCACGAAGGGAUUUUCCGGGUAUCAGGAUCCCAGGUGGAAGUGAAUGACAUCAAGAACGCCUUUGAGAGAGGAGAGGACCCCCUGGCUGGGGACCAGAACGACCAUGACAUGGACUCCAUAGCUGGCGUCCUGAAGCUCUACUUCCGGGGGCUGGAACACCCCCUCUUCCCCAAGGACAUCUUCCAUGACCUGAUGGCCUGCGUCACGAUGGACAACCUACAGGAGAGAGCUCUUCACAUCCGGAAAAUCCUCCUGGUCCUGCCCAAAACCACCCUGAUUAUCAUGAGAUACCUCUUUGCCUUCCUCAAUCAUUUAUCACAGUUCAGUGAAGAGAACAUGAUGGACCCCUACAACCUGGCCAUCUGCUUUGGGCCCUCGCUGAUGUCAGUGCCUGAGGGCCACGACCAGGUGUCCUGCCAAGCCCACGUGAACGAGCUGAUCAAAACCAUCAUCAUCCAGCAUGAGAACAUCUUCCCAAACCCCAGGGAGCUGGAGGGCCCUGUCUACAGCAGAGGAGGAAGCACAGAGGAUUACUGUGACAGCCCUCACGGAGAGACUACCUCGGUUGAAGACUCCACCCAGGAUGUGACCACAGAGCACCACACGAGCGAUGACGAGUGUGAGCCCAUCGAGGCCAUUGCCAAGUUUGACUAUGUGGGCCGGACAGCCCGAGAGCUGUCCUUCAAGAAGGGGGCAUCCCUGCUGCUUUACCAACGGGCUUCUGACGACUGGUGGGAAGGCCGGCACAAUGGCAUCGACGGACUCAUCCCCCAUCAGUACAUCGUGGUUCAAGACACGUUGAUAUCCUGAAUGAGUCUACAGCCUCCCAGCCUCUCCCCAGCUCGUUCUGCGGGGAUAUCCUCCCUCUGUUGAUAACAUCGCAAACCUGGUGGCCAUCUGUGCGUGGACAGGACCCUCCCAAAUUUAGCGUUAUGACUUCACUACAGGACCAAGAGAAGAUGAAUUAUGGGGGAGAAGGGGCGUUCUUUGUCAUCGGUAGCCAGAGGGGCCAGGAGAGCAGUGGAGAGACCUGGGACCGGCUGGGACGCUCUAAGCGGGGCUGGAUGCCCUACGGCAGAGAGUGGCAGAGUCCUGCCUCAACACCGGCACCUCCAGAGCCACCACAGAGCGGACUGUCCUUACCCAGCAGUGCUCAGGACCUCAGCAGAUAAACUGCAACCUGAACUGGCCUCCUCCUCCUCCAGGAGGCAGCCCCAGCACAGCUGCCCCAAGGAGAGCAGCGUGGGGUAGAAGGCAGACACCUCGAAUCCAGGUGUCCCCCGACCCAGCUCUCCAGAGGAGCUGAGGACCCUGCAGAGCUCAGCGGGAUUAUUUAUUUUUAUUUAAGCAACCCUCCCAAGGCCCUUAGGUUUCCUUGCUUCUGCUCACAGAGCUAGCCCAGCCAGGCGUCGCUGCUGUCUCAGAGCUGUUGCGGGGUCGCGUGUGUGUUGGGGGGCCAUCUUGCCAAUUUAACACUGCUUUUUGUGUUGUUUGUCCCUGCCUGUCCCUUCUCCCCCAGCGAGGACGGUGUCGUGGAGAGGUCCAGCCCCAAGUCUGAGAUUGAGGUCAUUUCUGAGCCACCUGAAGAAAAGGUGACAGCCAGAGCGGGGGCCAGCUGUCCCAGUGGGGGUCAUGUAGCCGAUAUUUAUCUUGCAAACAUCAACAAGUAAGCUCUGCUUUUCAUUUUCUGCUCCUCUGAAUGACUUGCCACACACAGCCUCACCCUCUGGCCUAACCCCCCUCUCCAUUCUGAGCUGCGCGGAGGGCUCCAGCUGCCCCGGCCUAACAGUUUGCAUGUGCUCCUUGCUGCUACAAGGCGGACAGGGCUGAGGAGGCUUCCGCGGGCCUCAGCAGCGGUCCCGGGUCUCCAGCCAGCUGCCGUCUUGCCAUGGAUGGGUGCUCCACCCUGUUCCCCCAGGGUUUGCCAGCUCUGAUCUUCCUGGCCGUCUGACUGCUAAAACUUUGGCCAAAGCUUUGGUUACUCUAAGCGACUUGGUUUUCUGUUCUUCUCAGAGGUGCCUUCUCUUUUCCAGUCCUCACUCAAAUAAUGGUAGUCUGUGAUGUCUUCCUUGGCCCUCGUGUGUCCGAAGACCCGAAGUCUUGUGUGCCUUCUGCUAGGCUCAUGUUGCCCCAGGGGUUUAUUUAGAUGCCGUGUAUCUGUUUCUCGCCCUGUCCUGCACUCACUCCUGUGAAGGGAAGGAGACCACUGUGCCCCCGAGGAAAGCUUUGUCCUGAGCUCUUUAUUCCUUUUCUAACCCCCGGCUCCCUUACCUUCCGCCCUGUCACACCAAUAGAAAUGAUUUUCCAUUUUUUCCCUGUUGCUUUAGCCCUGUGUACUAUCCCUCCCUGUUAGUCCCUUUGCAGAUCCCCACUCCUGUCCCACAGGCUCUAAACACUGCCCCAGCUUUCACUGUGGCUGUUAGCGACAUCCUGGGGUUUUAACUCCGCCCACGCCCACACCCGGUCUGGCUGCCUAGAGGGAUCCCACGCCUGCCUGCGAGCCGCUGCCUCCCCUCGAGACAUUCAGGUUAUUGGAAAACUAAUCUCAUCUCAAGGGGCCAGACACCAAGCCCCAGAGCCUACAGACCUCUUUCCGCCAGACCCUGAAACUUGGCCCAGUGCCAGCAGGAUGACAAGCCCCAGGGCGCUCCUGAUGAAUAUGGAUUGGAGAUGAUGUACAGUUUUUAUUCCCCUCUGGCUUCGGAGGAAUGAAAUGAUUUGCACAUUGAAAACCUGUUAACCGUAGCCUCUGGACACUGAAACUGGAAGGAGAAUAAAAGAUGCUUGUUGUUGUUAAACUGCACCAGGUCGCCCAGAUCUCUUGGCUUUUUUCCAACCAGACGGUAGCCGGGGGCGUGGUUGGGGCACGUGGCUCUUGUCCAUCUCUUUCACCCUCAAGUUAGUCAAGUAGCGUAAUCAGCUCACUUAGUCAGCGUAGUUAUAAUCGAAGUCAGACCAGUAAAAAUGAUUGAGGAUUUUAUUUCCCUCCAGCAUAGUGCCCUGCUGGGAGGGCAAGCUAGUAAAAAGUAACUGUGGGCUAAUCACAUUUUUUCCCCUUAUUUACAAGUCUAUGUUAAUCAUAAACCUAUAAUCAUAAGAUCAGAAGCCUAUAAUUAACCCAGAAACAAAGGCAGAGUUAGUGGAGGGACAGUUAAAUAAUUAGUUAGGUACAUACUUUUAAACCAUCAUCUAUUUGAUGUCAUUUGUACAAAGGAAUUCUGCAGAGUCUUAGCUGAAACAGUCAAGAGACAAAUGUCUGGUAGAAAGUUAAGGCAGUUCCCUCGAGCUCCUUGCUUGGCGGUGUCAGGUUGGGGUGUUUGGAGGACCGUCUGCCUGCACACCGGCUCGUCCGUGGGGGCGGCAGCCCCUGGGCGUGCCGUGCCCUCGGGGUGAGUCUGCCUCCAGCUCCCGCCCCACACGUCACUCCUCAGGCCCCUCGCUUCUCUGAGUGCCCAGGUUCCCUUUCGCCCAGACACACCUGCUGUCUCCUCACCUGGUCCUUCUCUCCUUUCAAGACCUAGUCCGAAGAUUUACUUCUUUGGGGAAGACUUUCUGGUACCUCAUAGUUCCUCAGCGCUGAACUAGGUGCCCUCGUUCUGUAUUCCCAAAGCAGUCAGUACGUUUCAGGACUCGAGAUGCACUCAGAUCCCCCAGCAGGCCGAGCUUUUUGAAACCAGGAACUCUGUCUUCCUCUCCUUAGACAUCCCUGGGGCCUGGCCCAGGGCCGGGCACGCUCCAGUCACUCCACAGAUCUCAGCAGCUUUCGCCUUGUGAGCCAGCCAUCCUCAAAUGGAAAAAGGAAAUCAGCAGAGUUGUUGGGGUGUGGCAUCUCUAUGUAAUUCCACACGUUAAUUGAGCACCUACUGCUGCACCAAGUGCCAACGCUGGUUAUUCAGAGAGGAAUAAGAUGGUCCCUGGCCUCAGAGCUCAGUCUGGCAGGGGAAAUACCUUACAGGCAGGUAACUAAAAAGCACUGAGUGCCGUAGAUGCCCUAAAGGGACAGGAGAGGGAAUGAUCGAUUCUGCCUACUGUUAGAUUUGGGUUCCAGGAAAGGAAAAGAGUUAUUUUAGCUGGGCUCUAUAAGACACUGAGCACAUCCUUUUUCCACUCAAGAAUGGCUGGUGCUCACUGCUAAACUGCUGAGCAGGCAGCUUCCUGGAGUACGUACUUUGUGCCAGGUCCUGGCCCAGGCCCCGCGGAUGCACGGUGAGGAAGCCGUCACCAGCGGAGAGUACCAGGGCUGGCUUAGAAUGCUGGCCCUGCCUCGUGGGUGGGGUCCUACCCCUGCCCUUCUUCUGUCCUCGGCUCCCACUCAGCCCCAGUCACCCUUCGUAGAUUUAAGAUCAAAGCUGCUCAGCUGCCAUCCCAAACCAGAAGUUCCAUUGCUUCUUAGAUUGGGUCCUUGAGAAUCUAAUUCCAAACAAAAAUGAAAUGAUUCAGCAGUGGGCAACACCCUUAUAACCAGGACUCUGCCAAAGCGUUUCAUGUGAGGACCUUAGUGGUCUGAAACCAACUGACUCAGAACCAGGGCUCAGCCCAGUGCCGGGUGCCUUAGGGUCACGUAGACGUGUUUCUGCCCUAAGAAGACGCACAAGCUCAGUCCUGACUCUGCAACAUUGCAGACUUUGG